UCUGGUCAGGACAAAGCAGCACACUGGAGGGUUUUAAUAAAUGGACUAUAGCGGACAGCUGAACUGCAAUUCAUCUUUUCCGUCCGUCCGGUGUCAAGCGAAUGGCCAACGUGAAAGUCGCGAUCCGAGUUCGUCCCCUGAACUCCAGGGAGAGUCUAUAUGAAGGACGGUUAGCUGUACAGGUGGAGGGCAAAUUGGUGAGGAUCCGAAAUGUGAAGUUGGAGGGGCGCUCGGAUGGGCGUUCGGAUGGUCUGGCGGACUCCAGGGACAAGCUGAUGGAGUUUGGCUUUGAUUACUGUUACUGGUCUGUGGAUUCAUCAGCCCCCAACUAUGCAUCACAAGAGGAGGUGUUUCAGGAUCUGGGUGUGUGUGUUCUGUCUGGGGCUUCAGAAGGGUAUAAUGUAUGUCUGUUUGCAUAUGGACAGACGGGCUCAGGGAAAACAUACACCAUGAUGGGGACUCCAGAUUCCAUGGGGCUGACUCCAAGGAUCUGUCAAGGGCUUUUUAGGUCUGGUGUUGACACUGCAGAUGGACAAAGCUGUAGAGUUGAAAUAAGUUUUUUAGAGAUCUAUAAUGAGCGUGUUCGUGAUCUGCUGAGAGGUGUGGAACAGAAGAAACCAGUACCCCUGAGGGUUCGAGAACACCCAGAGAAAGGGCCAUAUGUGCAGGGUCUCUCUCAACAUGUAGUGACAGACUACAAACAGGCAGUGGAUCUGCUUGAGGUGGGCAUCGCCAACCGCAUCACCGCCGCUACACACGUCCAUGAUGCUAGCAGUCGAUCUCAUGCCAUCUUUACCAUUCGAUACACACAGGCUAUUCUAGAAAAUAACCUUCCUUCAGAAAUUGUGAGCAAGAUCAAUUUGGUGGACCUGGCUGGCAGUGAGCGAGCAGACCCGCACUACUGCAGAGACAGAAUAACAGAGGGAGCCAACAUCAACAAAUCUCUCGUCACGCUUGGGAUCGUCAUUUCUGCUCUUGCUCAGAACUGUCAGAUGUUCAGCAGCAAUCAGAGCAUUAACAGUGUGCUCAGUGAGGGUGAAGGGAGCACUGUAGGCAGCCAGUCCAGCUCUCUGUCAGGCAGUGGACGCAGACAUUGCUUCAUCCCCUACAGAGACUCCGUCCUCACCUGGCUCCUCAAAGACAGUCUGGGCGGCAACUCAAAGACUAUCAUGAUUGCAACUGUCUCACCAUCCAGCAGCAGCUACAGUGAGACUCUGAGCACCCUCCGCUACGCAGCUCACGCCAGGAACAUCGUCAACAAGCCAAGAGUUAACGAGGACGCCAAUGUAAGGCUGAUCAGAGAACUGCGUGAGGAAAUUGAUCGUCUAAAGAGCAUGCUGCUCAGCUUUGAAAUGAGGAACCCCAGCCCAUCGCUCAAUGAUGAAAGAGAAGGCAGCCUGUCUGAUAUAGUCCUACAGAAUGAACUGAAGGUGGAGCAGCUGACGAAAGACUGGUCUGACAGUUGGUAUGAUAAGCGAGCCUUGCUAGAACGCUACAGUGUGGACAUUAAUCAGGACAGAGCUGGAGUGCUUAUCCACUCUCUCCUGCCCCACCUCAUCGCUCUGGAACCAGACGUCCUCAGCACAGGAGUCACCAUCUACCAUCUUCGGAAAGGGGUGACAAGAAUCGGGCCUCGGGAUGAGAAUCUGGAAGAACCUCACAUAGUCUUGCCAGAAGGUUCUGCAUGUGAGAUUGAGAAUCAGAGUGGUGUGGUGACCCUGAAGCCUGUCCCGGGGAAUAUCUGCAUGGUCGGUGAGAGAGAGGUCACUGAACCCUGCAGACUCGCACAAGGUGCAGUGAUAAAUUUAGGAGGACUUCAUAAGUUCAGGUUCAAUCACCCUGAAGAAGCAGCAGUUCUGAGGGAGAGGAGACGGACCAGUGAAGGAGGUCUGAUGUUCAACUCUACAGACCUCAUCAUGCUCCGUUCUGACUCAAGGGUUGCAGGAGCAGGUUGUCAUGAGAACGGCAAUGUAUCGGCUCCCAGACAGCGACUAGCAGAGCAGCAACGGUACGUAGAGUGUUUACGAGAGGAGAUUCAUCUGGAACAGAGACGAGCGGAGAGAGAUCUGGAGAGAGAGCAGGCGUGUCUUCGACAGCAACACUCUGAGAUAAACUAACUUUGAUACAACUUUAUUAAAGGCUAAAUUGUUUGUUGUAGUAGAAAUGACGUGACAUCUGUG